CUCGCGGGGACCGAGCGCGCGCAACGGGCAGGCGUUUCAGAGCGUCUGGGGCUGCGGGCAAGAAGACUUGGGGGGCUCCCGGAGUCUUCCAGCCCGGGGCCGAGUGGAGCGCGAAGGGGGCUCCGGGCCUGGGUGGUGGGAAGCGCGCUUCCGAGGCAGAAGUUGGCAGGAAAGCCAGCGCAACUGCAAAUCUCGUGGACCUCGGGGGACACACACCCAGGAUGCUGGUCCCUGCCCUGCUUGUCCUCCUGUUCUGCUUCAGAGGGCGCGCAGGCAUGUCGCCCCAUUUCCUGCAACAGCCGGAGGACCUAGUGGUGCUGCUGGGGGAGGAGGCCCGGCUGCCUUGCGCUCUGGGCGCGUACGGGGGGCUGGUUCAGUGGACCAAGGACGGGCUGGCUCUAGGGGGCGAACGGGACCUGCCAGGGUGGUCCCGGUACUGGAUAUCAGGGAAUGCAGCCAGUGGCCAUCAUGAUCUCCACAUUAGGCCUGUGGAGCUCGAGGAUGAAGCAUGGUAUGAAUGCCAGGCUACACAAGCAGGACUUCGCUCUCGACCAGCCCAAUUGCACAUACUGGUCCCCCCAGAACCCCCUCUGGUGCUGGGAGGCCCCUCUGUGUCUCUGGUUGCUGGAGUUCCUGCGAACCUGACCUGUCGAAGCCGUGGGGAUGCCCGCCCCACCCCUGAGCUGCUGUGGUUCCGAGAUGGGAUCCAGUUGGAUGGGACCACCUUCCACCAGACCGUGCCAAAGGAAGGGACCACUGGGUCAAUGGAGAGCACCCUAUCCUUGACCCCUUCCAGACGUGAUGAUGGAGCCACCUUGGUCUGCCGAGCUCAGAGCCAGGCCCUACCUGUGGGGAGGGACACAGCUAUUACGCUGAGUCUGCAGUACCCGCCAGAGGUGACUCUGUCUGCUGAGCCACAGACUGUGCAGGAAGGAGAGAAAGUCACUUUCCUGUGCCAGGCCACUGCCCAGCCUCCUGUCACCGGCUACAGAUGGGCGAAGGGAGGCUCCCCGGUGCUCGGGGCCCGAGGGCCCAUGUUGGAGGUCCUGGCAGACGCCUCCUUCCUGACCGAGCCGGUGUCCUGCGAGGUCAGCAACGCCGUGGGCAGCGCCAACCGCAGCACCGCGCUGGACGUGCUGUUUGGGCCGAUUCUGCAGGCAAAGCCAGAGCCGGUGUCCGUGGACGUGGGGGGAGACGCCUCCUUCAGCUGCGCCUGGCGCGGGAACCCGCCCCCACGGGUGACCUGGACGCGCCGCGGUGGCUCGCAGGUGCUGGGCUCCGGGCCCGCGCUGCGUCUUCCGUCGGUGGGGCCGGAGGACGCGGGCGACUACGUGUGCAGGGCUGCGCCGGGGCUCCCGGGCCUGGGCGGUGGCGCCGCGGAAGCGAGGUUGACUGUGAACGCUCCGCCGGUGGUGACCGCCCUGCACUCCGCGCCCGCCUUCCUGAGCGGCCCCGCCCGCCUCCAGUGUCUAGUCUUCGCCUCUCCGGCCCCAGAAGCCGUGGUCUGGUCUUGGGAUGAGGGCUUCCUGGCGGCGGGGUCCCAGGGGCGAUUCCUGGUGGAGACAUUCCCGGCCCCCGAGGGCCGUGGGGGGCAGAGUCCAGGCCUGAUCUCUGUGCUACACAUUUCGGGGACCCAGGAGUCCGACUUUAGCAGGGGCUUUAACUGCAGUGCCCGGAACAGGCUGGGUGAGGGAGGCACCAGAGUCAGCCUGGGCCGUAGAGACUUGCUGCCCACUGUGCGGAUUGUGGCCGGAGUGGCCGCGGCAGCCAUGACUCUCCUUAUGGUCAUCACUGGGGUGACCCUCUGCUGCUGGUGCUAUGGCAAGGGCUCUUUCUCAGAGCAGAAGAACAUGGUGCGAAUCCCAGGCAGCAGCGACGGCUCCAGUUCUCGGGCCCCCGAGCAGGAGGAGACAGGCAGCCACGAGGACCAGGGCCCCAUGGUGCUCACCGACCACAGUGACCCGGUUCAGGAUGAGGAAGGGGCUCUGGAGACCAAGGAUCCAACCAAUGGCUACUACAAGGUCCGAGGGGUCAGUGUGAGCUUGAGCCUUGGCGAAGCCCCUGGAGGAGGCCUCUUCCUGCCACCCCCAUCCCCCCUCGGGCCCCCAGGGACCCCUACCUUCUAUGACUUCAACCCGCACCUGGGCAUGGUCCCCCCCUGCCGACUGUACCGAGCCUGGGCAGGCUACCUCACCACACCUCACCCUCGAGCUUUCACCAGCUACCUCAAACCCACUUCCUUUGGACCCCCAGAUCUCGCCCCUGGGACUCCCCCCUUCCCAUAUGCUGCCUUCCCCACACCCAGCCACCAGCGUCUGCAGACUCAUGUGUGACUUCUCUCCAACGGAAGAGUCCUGGGAUCUUCAACUUGCCAUGAUGGGUUGUCCUGAUUUCUGAGGAACCAGAACAAGUUGACGACCUUACACCUCCAAAGCUGAACACUGGGGGAGGGAAAGACCAUUACAAUUGUCAGGAUCGUUGGUGUACAGUCAGCUCAGCCAAAGAGGAUGCCCCAAGUGGGAGCAAGAUAGCCACUGCGCCCACCAUUCCCCUGUGUAAGAGACAUUCAAGAUGGCAGAUAGGCCCUUUGUAAGGGAUGGGAACAAGGGGUGAUGGGAGUUAGGGGCAGGGAUGAAAGUUCUUUCUAGUCACUGAAAGGAGAUAUUUCAAGAUAACCACCUGUGUUGAGAAGAAAGGUAGCACAGGGCAGAUCAAGACAGAGGGCAGACCCCACCCUGCCCCGGUGCUGCUCCCUGAGGGGCACUUUGCUUGGCCAGUGGAAGUGCAGCCAAAAUGGCCGUUCACUCCCUGGGAACCCCAGAUGGCCACCAUCUUGAUUUCUUCCGCUUUCCUUAAAGACUCAGAAAGAACUGGACCCAAGAAGUGAGCAUAGGGUGAGAACUGUCACUGUGGAGGUGAAGGGGAAGCUGGGGACAAGAAUAUUUAUGUUUAAUAAAAAAAAAGUCAA